AUUUUCCUCACAGGACCUUGUUUCAGUCCCCCAGCAAUUAUGUACUGCAGCGACAAGAGGUAGUAGCAAGUCCUUGUAGCUUUACGAGCUUCAUUACAAGCAUAACUGUUCCUUCUACUCAUAGUCUUCCUCCCUAUAGCGACUCAAUAUUUAUUCUUCACAACAAGUAUCAAGUUUCAACAUCUUCUAGCGACGAUUCCUUGUAAAAAAGAUUAUUUUUGAAUUACACUCGUGAAGAUACAAGUAGAACUAAGUCAUGAGUAGGACAACUCAGAAGUCGUGAGAGACGACGGACAAGAUAGUACAUGAUAAAAAAAUAAAGCAAUAACCUGAAAUAAAUAAAUCAUGUUUUCCAACCGCGGAACAAAACCCGUCCAAUCCUGGACGUCUGCGGUGUACAAUCGGGCCUACGAUGGGCAUAUGGAUUGCAAAAAUGUCUGGGUCUGGAAGGGUGUAAACUUGUCAUGCUAAGUCUGGAUAGUACAGAAAUUUGUGUUGCAUGAUUACCAAAAAUCGUCCACGUUUGAACAAGUGUAGCGGCAGUUUGUCAUGCGAGAUAGACAAGAUAGAGACUUCAUAGAACCUGUCAUGCUAAGUCCUGCAUUGCAGACCUCUUGGGGCAUGCAAAAUAUUCAUGACAAGUCUGCAUUUUUACAGACCCAGACACUUUUGCAUUUGAUAGGGCAAUCCGCGACCGUUUCCUGGACCAAGUCCGCCGGUACGUUUGCGCCGACGGGACAUGACACAAAGACGGGGGAUCUCGCCAUCGGCCCGGAGCUGCCAUCAGUGGUCACCGCAUCCGAGAUGUUGGCGCACAAAAGUACUUACUUUUAUAAGUGCGUGUUGUUUUAUAUAUGUCUUGUUUCUGUUUUAUUUGUGCGUAUGCGUAAGCAGUUUGCACUUGCAGCGCUAUAAUGAUGUCGAUUCCAAUUGAUUUUACUGGCCUGGAUUAUAAUUUCCAAAAUAUUUACCAACCUCACAUCGAACAGAUAAGAACAACAAGAAGGACGGGAAGCACGUGCGGUACGCAGCUGGUAAGUACUGGGAGGACAAAACGCUGGAGGAUUGGGAAGAAAACGACUUCCGCCUGUUCGCGGGCGACUUGGGAAACGUAUCAAAUGCAAAAAUGUCUGGGUGAUCUGGAAAAGCACAACUUUGUCAUGCACAUUUUCCAUGAUCCAUGAUGUCUGUGAUGUAUGCCAUAGCAUCACAGAUUUUUUGAGCGCUUAUCCAUGCGCAUCCAGCAUGACAAAUGCCCUCUCCGCGUAGCCAAAUUUGAAUCCUCUUGCUGGUCAUGCAAUACAUCACAUUGGCAUCGAAAUGCAGCAUCACAAGUUCCAGACCCAGACAUUUUUGCAUUUGAUAAAACGAAGUCACCGACGACUUGCUCGGGAACGCGUUUCGGAAAUACAAGACGUACCAGAAGGCGAAAGUGAUUCGGAACAAGAUAUUGUGAGGAAAAAUCCCCCCGCCCCAUACCAAGACAGGAUACUUCUCAAAAUUUGUGAUGCUGAUUUGAGGCCACAAAUCGUCUCUGUAUUGCUAGAAGGCAAAUCCAAAAACCCCGCUGCGUUCUGCAGGCAAUUUGUAAUGCUGUGUGGCCUAUGGAGGAUAUGCCUGCCAUGCUGGGCGCCUACACCAAAACGCCCCUACUCCGGCUUUCUAUCUGUCUGCAGUCCUCUACUGCAAGACAAUUCCGAUUUGUGUACACAAAUCCCGCAUCACAGAUUUCCAUUUCGAUAUGGGGAGGGGGGAUUUUUCCUUUUGAUACAAGAGAACCGGAAAAACCAGGGGUUACGGAUUUGUCUCCUUUGGCCACCCGGAGGACAUGAUCCAGGCGCUCCGGGACUUGAACGGAAAGUAUAAAUAUUCUUGAGAUUAUUUUAUGAUUUAUGUUUUUACCUUGGUUUCGGUUGGUCUUGGUAUGCAAUACAAAUUUCUUCCCGUUCAUGUACAGAAUAAUGCAUGACAAAUUUCACAAAGUUGGAGUGUCUUACUUGUCAUGCUGACGAAGAUUGAUGCCAAGUUCUCUCAUGCGGAAACGGCAUCUAUGCGCACGUGUCCGGGAUGAAAUGUUUUCGAUUUCGUGUGGAUAGAUUACUUUGCUCGCUUGUCGUGUGGUUCCCGUAUGAUUCAUCAAAAAGCGGCCAGACUACACUAGUCUCGUCGGCUUGUUGUUGUAUUGCAGAAAUGCUGCUCCUGCUGCUGCAUCGGUAGUUCUUGUACAGUUGUUUCCAAUUUUUAAUGAAAAUGUUCUCCGUAAUAUCACAGGUACAUAGGCAACCGGCCCAUACGGCUAAAGAAGUCUACUUGGGAAAAGCGCGCCGCGGAGUCAGAACACAACCAGAAGCUGCUCCGUUACGAAACUAUCACGGAGGUGAAAAGCAAAACGCUGAAGAAGUUAUGACAGUGCACAACUCCCCCUCCCCCUCAUUUGUAUAGCAGGAACGGCAAUGCAAGCAUCAAUAAGAAUGCCGGUUUUGCAUGACAAAUUUGCACUCGAUUCGAAUCCUAUUUGGGCUAGCAGAACUUGUCAUGCAACCAGUGCCACACGGCAGCGACUGGAUUCGGGGUUUUGCAUGACAAAUGAGGGGGAGGGGGAGUUCUGCACUGUCAUAGAAGUUCAAGAAGAUUCAGAACAAGGAGAAGAAGGACGAGUUGAAGGUUAUCAAGCAGAACGAGAAGCAUAUGGAAGUGUCAGAAUCGAAAUUCACAAAAUCGAAAAAUUUGUGAUGCAUAAAAUCGAUACCAGUGGAAGCCUCAGUUUGUAAGUGGCGCAUGACAAAUUUCGGGAGCACCCAAAUCCAGUCUGUCAUGGUGUUUGGGCAAGGAAGACUGCUCCUGUCAUGCUACUCUGGCAGCACAUUGCAUACCCCUAAACAGGCUUGCAAUCGGUCUCAUUUGCCUGCUCCCCAAUACAGGCCUCCAGUGCCCUACAUUUUAUGCAUCACAAAUUUUUCGUUUUUGUCGAUUUCGAUCCUGACACAUCCAUAAAGCAGGCCCGGAUACUGGAAACCGGGCUUAUCUCCGCUGCCGCGCAGAGCAACGCGGAAAAGCAGCACCAGCUGCAGCAGGAACAGCUAUGCAGUGCAAAAGUAUCGUACUAGUAUAAAUCGCAAUACAAAUUAGCUCAGCAUUACAAACUUAAAUUUGUAAUGCUGAUUUUCCUUAACAACUAGAUUUGUAAUGCAUAACUGCAAUUAGUACGAGUACGAUACUUUUGCACUGCAUAAAAGCACGCCAAGGCCGAGAAGAAGACGAAUUUGGCGAUGGCGGUGCCCGUAUCAAAUGCAAGAAUGUCUGGGUCUGGAAGAUUGCGAGAUUUGUCAUGCUGGUCUGGCACGACCAAAAAGUUUGUGAUGCGUGUUCAAGAAGGGACCCUUUUGCCUGUCAUGCAAAAACGCAGCGUGUCAUGCGAAAAACGCAAGAACACAAAGAAGCGCAGAUAUUUCUCAUGCUUGGCUGUGCAUUACACAGAGCAUUCACCAUUCCCAACGCAGCAUUGCAAGUUUCCAGACCCAGACAUAUUUGCAUUUGAUAGCCCGGGCCGCGGUCCGGCAACAUCCAGUACGUGGGCGUGGGGAGGUCCGCAUCCGCGGCCGCGAACAACCAGCUGGGUUUAUUGAGAUGAAAAAUCCCCCCACCCCAUUAUACUCAAACUGGAAAUUUGUGAUGCUGAUUUGUAUACACAAAUGAAGAUGUAUUGCGACAAGAGCUUGUCGGCAUGAUAUUCUAAGCCGAUUAGGGUGCUGCGCAUCCGGCUAGCAGCUGCGCAUGAGAAACAAGUUUGACAUAGGCGAAAACGCAUGACAGACUGACUGCACAAUGCGCCACAUGGGCGCCGCUUACCUUGUACGCAAGACAAAGCUGAUUUGUGGUCACAAAUCAGCAUCACAGAUUUUCUUUUCAACAUGGGGAGGGGGGAUUUUUCCUUACGAUAGGGUUCCCACGUCAAGAUGCCGGGGUCCACCACGCAGGCGAACGAGGGGGUCGCGUCCUUCGUGGCCGCGCCCGCGGAGAUCGACGAGAAUUACGUCGCGCCCAAGCCCAUGUCGAUCGAGGAGAUGGACAAAAACAAGACCCGCCCAAGCUCCUUCGUCAUCGGGAUUGGCGGAAACUUGAUUCAGGACGGACGGACUUACGCCAUGAGAGGACGUAUUCGAUUAUUUAUUGCUUUUUUUGAUACUGUAAUUUUAAAAAGUGGAUGGGGAGGACAUGAUGAUCAUUAUCUGUCAAAGAUCUGCUCGUGCUGAGUAUUUGUUUUUUGUUGUUCCACGCAUCAUGUUGACCAACAGUGGCGCCUAAAGAUGUUGGGAUUUGCUCACUUCAUGUAAAAACAUCCAUUACAACUUACAGAAGCGCAACGACCAACGGAAAAAAAAUUCAUCAGUUUCAAAAUCAAACUUUUUCAGGCGACAACCGAUAAAAAUGCGGGCGAGAAUCGUCGUGGCAGAGCAAGACUGCUUCCCCACUGCAGCAGGGCCGUGUCUGAGAGAAAUUGUAGCAUCCGUAAUUUCGUGGAAGGGCAUAAGGCAGGAUCAAUUUUGGGCUCCCAGCUUUUCAUUGGCGAUUCUCCUCUACACUUCUUUUCCACUACUUGGAAAUAGUUGUCCCACCAUCAGCACGGCCGACCGGCUCAUGGCAGAAUGGAAGUGCUGCUUCCGCUGCGGGAGUGCUAACAGCAGCAACACCAGCGACAGAUCACUACAACUACUUUGGAGGACAACAGGAGGACAUGCCUUUUUGUACUCUGAUGAUGUACAGCAUUCAAUAAGAGUAUGAAGAGAUGAAAGUCCAUAUUGUGUUGUCCUUGUCUCACCAUGCGAGGACCAGAAACCUGAUGUCUAGGUGUUAAUCUUCUUCCCUUUCUUGUUGAAAAGAUGAUUCAUAGUGGCGAAGUAAAGCGGCCAAGAAGUAGUUUUUUGCUGGUGAAGGGAAGGAAUUUUUUUUCGACUCAUUCGCCUUUGGUAGUGGAACUCGACGAGUACAAGAAAUGGAUGUGUAAUUGUUUUGUUCCAACGGUGGAUUUUCACUGUUCAUCGGUUGAAGAUGUCCACCAAUAUGUGUCGUGCAUCAAGUCAGUGACCCGGCAGGCAAAGAUCACUCUCGUCCCCGAAGCUCCUGCGGCAUGAAAGAAC